AUGCAGCACCAACAGUUCCCCACCUAUGGGGCAAGCCCCUGGGUGCCCGGCCCCUCGGACCAGCAGCAGCAGCAGCAGUUCGCGGCCCAGCCCCAGCAGCCCCAGUUUUUCGUGCCGCACCAGCCGGCCGCGCACGCGGGCGGGUACGGCGCCCCUGCACAGCCCGCCGCUUAUGGCGCCCCCAUUCAGCCCGCUGCGGGCACCUUUGUCCCCUCCACGGCUGGCGCUGGCUACGGUGCUGCCGGGCCAGGCGGCAUGGGCGGCAUGGACCCCUUUCUUACGGGCGUGGCGGGCAACAUGCUGCGCCAGCAGGGCCAGUCAUACCUGCAGCGCGGCCAGGCCUUCAUGCAGUCCAAGAUGGGUUUCCUGUCGGGAGGGGGCCUGCACUACUGCUUCAGCAUCAACCCCGAGUACGUGCGCACCAAGCUGCUGAUGCUGCUGGCUCCCUUCCUCAAGCGCUGGAGCUACGUGCGGGUGGCGGAGCAGGUGUGGGCGCUUGUCGCUGGGGACCUGUACAUCCCCCUCAUGUCCAUCUGGCUGUACUGCGUGCUGAUGGGGGGAGCCAUCCUGGUGCGGGCGGGGCCCGAGGGCGGCUUCAGGCCGGAGAGCAUCUACAACUCGGUCAGCAGCAGUGGCGUGGCCUGGCUGCUGCACACGCUGCUGCUCAAGGUGCUGCUGUACAUGCUGGGAAUACCCGGAGCCGUGCCCUUCCUGGAGCUGGCCGCAUAUGCCGGCUACCCCUUUGCCGCCGCUUGCGCCUCGCUGGUGGCGCAGCUGGUCACAGGCGGCGGCACCACUUACCACGCGGUGUGGGCGUAUGGCUCGCUGUGCGCCGCCGUUUUCCUGGUGCGCACCAUGAAGCGAGUAAUCUUCCAGGAGGCGCGCACCUACAGCAUCGACAGCACCCGCCACAACUACCUGCUGCUGGGGCUGGCCAUCCUGCAGUUCCCGCUGAAUGCCUGGCUGGCGCGGCUGCCCGCGGGGGCAGCAGCCAAGGCGGCCGGCAAGGCAGCAGCUAAAGCCCUACUGUGA